AAAAAGGGAAUGGAUAAUUACCAUUCCUGAGUUAGAAAUAUGUAUACCAGUAUCCUUGCCCGGAGAAUCCCACGGACAGAGAAGCCUGGCUGGCCAGAGUCCAUAGGGUCACAUAAUCGUUGUGUUGGUCCUACUUAAGUGACACGACUUAAGUGACUUAGCACGGUACAUAGAAAGCGUUGUUAAAGAAAAAUUAAAUUCGGUUCCUCAAGUCCAUUAGCAAUUUUCCCUCCUGUUUUGCCUUAGAUAUUCGCAAGUGCAACGCACCAGAAGCCUGGUGUUGACUUGAGUCUGGAUUAAUAGAAACACCCAACACAGUUCUUGGGAAAAUCAAAGCUAGUAUGAUCAGGUUCGGUCAGGUUCAGCAAAGUCUUCCCUCCUGCCUCGCGUUGGGGCCAAUGCUGCUUCCUGCUGAGCCGAAUUUACUGUGGCUGGAGCUGAGCCCAGGCAUCCCGACUACCACCGGACCUUCAUUUUUGCCCACGGAAAGCUCGAGACUUCCCGCCAAACGCGCGGGCGUACGUCUCUCGGCGCCCCAGGCGCAGGCAGUACUGCGCAUGUGCGGGACCAGCGGCCGCCGGUACCCAGACGUUUCCACGGACCGCGAGCUAUGGCGGAGACGGAAGCGACCCUGCUGCGCCAGUUUCCGCUCUUUCUGCCCCAGAACCGGGCGAAAACCGUGUAUGAAGGCUUCAUUUCGGCUCAGGCUUGUGUCUGUGGAUCCUUGCUUUAGUACCAUCAAGUUAAAAGCAGAUGUUUCUGGUAGAGAGCAUCUAAUCACCGUCAAGUUGAAGGCGAAGUACCCUGCAGAAUCACCAGAUUGUGUUGUGGAUUUUCCUGUUCCAUUUUCUGUUUCCUGGACACCACAGAGCUCCUUAAUAAGCAUUUAUACUCAGUUUUUGGCAGCAGUGGAAUCACUGAAGACAUUCUGGGAUGUUAUGGAUGAAAUUGAUGAGAAGACUUGGGUACUUGAGCCAGAAAAACCUACACGGAGUGCUACAGCACGCAGAAUUGUAUUAGGGAAUAACGUUUCAAUAAAUAUAGAGGUAGACCCCAGGCAUCCCACUAUGCUUCCCGAGUGCUGUUUUCUUGGAGCUGACCAUGUGGUAAAACCCCUGGGAAUUAGGCUGAGCAGAAACAUACAUUUGUGGGAUCCAGAAAACAGUCUGUUACAAAAUUUGAAAGAUGUUUUAGAAAUUGACUUUCCAGCUCGUGCUAUCCUGGAAAAAUCUGAUUUUUCUAUGGAUUGUGGGAUUUGUUAUGCCUAUCAACUUGAUGGUGCCAUUCCUGAUCAAGUGUGUGAUAAUUCACAGUGUGGCCAGUCUUUCCAUUAUAUAUGCUUAUAUGAGUGGUUGAGAGGACUACUGACUAGCAGACAGAGUUUUAACAUCAUAUUUGGUGAAUGUCCGUAUUGUAGUAAGCCAAUUACCUUGAAAAUGUCUGGGAGAAAAGCCUGAAAUAAGAAUGCAGCAGUCCUGUGAAGAGCCAGAAACUUAAAUUAUCAAAAGGAUUUUAUUUGAUAACUUCAGAGAAAAUAUAAAGCAAGACAUACUAAUA